AAGGCAGUCAACAUAAAAAGAUGUACAAACCUUUAAGCGAUAUAGAAGUAGGACCAGCUGGAUUACCUGCAAAGCUCCAAUUCCGCCGGAAAUUAGAUGAAUCUGGUCAUGUGGCGAGAGGUACAAGAAAGGAACAUCAAGAUUCGACAACUGGGAAACCAGGAAUCGUUUAUCCUAACACUAAAACUGCGAAUUCAAACCCAGGUAAGUUGAAACACCGACUCAGAAUUCAAACGGAAAGCACAUCGACUUUGUCAAGUGUCACCACCGUGAAGGUUCAAGCGACGACGGAGAGGCCAUCAUCGAAAAAAUACCCUUCAUCGAUAGAAAGGUUAAAUUUACCCUCGCAACAAGAAAAAACCCAUGGCCAUGUCUAUGGCGAACAAGGAUGUCCCGAUAACCCUUGGCGGAAUGCCGGCUUGACGGAGCUUUUACAAAAGUGGAUUAACAUUUGCGAACAAUACAACAUCGAAUACAUUUUGUACGGAGGCAGCCUGUUGGGGGCUAUGCGAAAUAACGACAUAAUCCCGUAUGAUUCUGACAUAGACGUCUUGAUUGAUAUCAAUUACUUUACGACAAUGAGAAGGCUGGCGGAGAGACGGCGCUUUUUACGAUCAGAUGGAAAGAUCCAUUUGGUUUUGCAACCAGAAUUCACCAUGAACAUUCCGGUAGAAAAGAGGAAACGUUAUGACUGUCAAGGCAAAGUGACGUCAAAGCUUAUGGACGAAUGCUCUUUCCAAGAGCCACUUGGAAGACUCUUCAAGGGAAACUUGCACAUUGAUAUUUAUCACUUUUACGAUAGAGUGCACUUUGUGGACGAUCCAAGCGACGAUAAACUCAAGGAGUAUCCUAAGAAAGAUUUUUAUCCCUUUAAGCCGUGUAACUUCAUGGGGUUUGAAGCGUCAUGUCCAAGCAACCCUUGGGAAAUUUCACGAAUCUACUUCAAUACCGACGAUUUCCUUGAGCCAGUUUACAAAUGCAAGAACGGAACUUGGGUCAAUAAGAACGGUAGAACUACCAGAUAGUCAGCUUGAUCUCAGGGGAGCGGCAAGACCUUCCCCCCCCUUAUUUUAGGUA